AUGUCGUCUGUCCACAACAUCGUGUUGUUCAAGGAUCGAGCAAUGGCUAGUCAAGCCAAACCUCGCGACAACCUCCUCGUAAUCGAACUUACGAUUCAGGACAUCGACGUAGCGAGAAUAUUGGUAGACACCGGAUGUUCGGCCAAUAUUAUCUAUAAGAUUACCCACGAGAGAAUGGGGAUCGAUCUAAACAUUGUCACAGACGAUCCCAGUCCAGUAGUUGGACUCUCCGGAAACACUACAAUGACCCUCGGCUCGAUUGAUCUCUCAGUCAAAGCCGGGAGCGUCACUAAAAAUGUGGAAUUCCUGGUGGUCGACGGUCCGACAGCGUAUAAUGUGAUUGUCGGAACUCCAUGGUUGAAUUCCAUGCGGGCGAUCCCCUCAACAUUCCACCUUUGCCUCAAAUUUCCAAAUCCUUCCGGGGUCGAAACAAUACAAGGGGAUCGGGAAGUAUCGCAAGUCUGCCUAGACGCUGGGUUAAAAGGAAAAAAUUCCGAGAUCGAAACCCCCCGAAAAAGCAAACGGUUCACGAACCAGCAUUGCAAGACUCCUCGGAGGUCUCCUGGCAGUCAAAAAGAGGUAAAGCCCUAG